AUGAUAUCGCCAAAGGAGCCCCGCCUCUCUCCCAAACUCCUCUCUCUACUCAACAAUUUCGAAGAGACUCUGUCGAGUCGAAUCAAGAAACUCAAGCCCUCGAGCAAAGAAGAUGUUCUCCGCCUAUCCUGGAUGAGUUGUGCUGUUGAGUCCCUUUGUGAAAUUCACACUGAUGUGAAAACCCUAAUCACCGCCCUUGAACUCCCCAUUUGCGACUGGGAGGACAAAUGGGUCGAUGUCUACUUGGACAACAGCGUGAAAUUGCUCGACAUAUGCAUUGCUUUCACCUCCGAGAUCUCUCGACUCAAGCAGGGCCAUCUCUACCUCCAACUCGCUGUCCAUAACCUCUGUGAUGAUGCUUGCUCGAAGCAGUUCCCUCGUGCCCUCUCGUCACUUGACGGGUGGAAAAAGCACGUCGGCUUGAAAAACCCGAGGCUCGACAAGUGCUUUGCCAUGAUGGAUGGACUCGCCCAGAAGCUGGACCUGCCGAAAAUAAAAAACUCUGCCAAGGGUAAAAUCUUGAUGCGGGCCAUGUACGGGGUUAAGGCAGUCACACUUCUGAUUUGCAGCAUAUUUGCUGCAGCCUUCUCGGGCUCGGCAAAGAAGCUGAUGGACUUAAAGAUCAACGAGUCGUUUUUGUGGGCUGAGACUUUUGCCGAUCUCCAGUUUUUUGUGAAUACCGAAAUUAGGAGCUUGUAUUCGAGCGGGAGAGUCACGGUGCUAAAAGAGCUGGAAGAAAUCGAUAAUGGUGUGAAAAAACUGUACCCUAUCGUUGGGGAAGAUGUGGGGCCAGUCCAGACGGAGAAAUUGCACGAGUUGAGGCCCAAUUUUGGGAAAUCGGUCGAGAAUCUUUCAGUAGGACUUGAUCUGCUCGGGAAGGAAGUGGACAGGUUUUUUCAGAUUGUUCUUACGGGUCGUGAUGCUUUGCUUUCUAACCUUAGGAUGGGGUCCGAUGUUUUUGAUGCCGGACGAACUAACGGUAACAAAGUUGGAGGCAUGAUGAUUAGGUGA